GUUCCCGGACGGUGCCGAUGCUUUAGACGUAUCGAGGCACUCUGAGCUUCCGUAUUUGAGAGCCUGCAUCAACGAGGCGUUGAGGCUGUUCCCGCCAUUACCCACGAAUGGUCCGCGCGAAGUACCAAGAGGUUCGAAUGGGAAACUCGUCUUUGGGCAUCUCCUACCUGAAGGCACGCAGGUGUACAUCCCGCCUUAUUCCAUCCAUCGCAAUCCUCAGUAUUUUUCGCCUUCACCCGACAAGUUUGUUCCUGAAAGAUGGAUGACGAGUUCGGGCUUCGCAGAGAAUCACAACCUGGACGCGUUUAUUCCGUUUUCAUAUGGACCUGCGAGCUGUAUUGGGAAGAAGCUUGCUAUGGAGGAGAUGAUGAUGUUGACGAGUCUUUUGGUGCAGAAGUUUGAUAUGCGUUUCGAAGAAGGAUUUGAUAGCGGGGCUUGGCCGCUUGGUAUACUUGACCAUUUCGUAACGACACGGUCGAGACUUCCUGUUGUGAUGACCCCGAGAGCUCAGUAGGCUGACGAAGUACUUGUGUUUCGACUUCGGCGCCUCUCUCGAUGCCCCUAUUUUGCAUUGAGUUACUGUAGAUGUCCAUAUAUUAUUUAUAUUUUGGUCGGUAAAUUCAUAGAGUGUAAUAAAACAUGUAUGUUGGGUUGAGUUGUUUAA